AUGUUUGUUCCUCCUCCAGCAGGGCUGUCGACGAGUGUCAAUAGGGCCACGCAGGCGCGCGCCACGCUGCUGAACAGCGGCUGGUACAAGAGCCCCCUCGCGCAGACGGUGCGUGGCAUUCUGCACGGCAAGCGGUUCGUUGCGGUCAUGGUGAUCGCGCUUUUCCUGGCGCUCUUCAUGAACGACAUUUGGGUACUGGCCGGGAUAAACAGCAAUUUGUGGCUGAACUUGCUUCUUACGCCGGUCAUGGCCCUUUUCUUUGUCGAGCUCUGCGCGCUCACCGCGGUGGAUAUCACAUACCUCUUCAGUUUCUUCCAGUUUAUGGACAUCAUCGGGACUUUCUCAAUGGUGUUCGACAUCCCCUGGAUGCUUGGCACGGAUGCGACGAAGGCGGAGACCUACUCCUCCGACGACGACGACGCGAAGCGCAACCUCAUGCUCCUGAGGGCGCUGCGGGCGGCCAAGAUCGGCGCGCGUGCGGGCCGCCUCUCGCGCGUGCUGCGCUUCCUGCGCUUCCUGCCAUUCAUGGGCGGGAACCGGGACGACCAGAGGACGGGGAUCGCGUCGCUCAUCUCUGGGAAGCUCGCAAACCUGCUCGGGACACGGGUCGCCUGCCUGACGAUCCUCCUCGUCAUGGUGGUCCCCGUCUUCGACAUUUACACUUUCCCGCAGGAGGAUCUGUCGCAGCUGACGUGGGUUGACCGGCUGUCCGUCAACAUGAUGGACGGUCGCAUCAACGACACCCUGGAUGAGCUGCAGAUGAUGACCGAGUACUACGCGGAGCUGCCUUUCGGGCCGUACGAGGUCUGCACAGGCCACUCGGUGGAGGACGACUUCGUCUGCGACACGAGCGACACGCUGGCGAGCUGGGAGCCGGGAUUCAGCGCGCCGCCGAGGCAGUCGUCGGUUGUGAAGGUGUACACCGACACCUUCAUGGUGAGCUUCAAUAUGCACGAGCCAGCGCAGCGCGAGGCUGGCAUCGGCAUCUGUACAAUUUGCUUCAUCGUGUUCCUGAUGGUCUUCAGUGGCCUGGCGCUCUCCAGCGUCGUCACGGAGCUGGCGGUGCGGCCGCUGGAGCGCAUGCUUGAGAAGGUCCAGGAGAUCGCCACGACGGUGUUCAAGUUCAGCGCGGAGGUGACCGAGACGGAAGCAGACGAGGCAGUCGUCAUUGAUAAUUCCAACGAGAUGAAGCUGCUCGAGAAGGUGGUGCAGAAGCUCGCGAUCAUCGCGGAGAUGCAGACGACCAGCGCACUGAGAAUACCAGAGAAGACCGACGACAUGAAUGCCGAGGACAUCGGCAUUUUGAGCAUGAUGCAUGGCGUGAACAUCGUUGAGGAGAAGGAGAAGGCCCAGAGGAGGCUGACUGCGACGAAGAGGAAGCAGGCGCCGCCGCCCCACAUGCGCAUCGAGGACCUGGGGGUAACGCUUGACGUCUACGCCUCCUGGGGCUUCAACGCGCUCAGGCUGUCCCAGGAUCAACGUAGGCGGGUGGCGGAGUUCACGAUCGCACGCUUCCACGAGUCGAGCGAUGGUUUCUUCAACUCGCAGGAGGACGUGCUGACCCUGCAGAGGUUCCUGCAGGCGCUCGAGAAGGAGUAUCUCCCAGUGCCGUUCCACAGCUUCGCCCACGCGGCGGACGUCGUCCACGGUGUGGCGCGCCUCAUGCGGGUCACGGGCUCGGAGCAUUUCCUGAGCGGGCUAGAGCAGUUCUCGCUGCUCAUCGCCGCCGCGGCGCACGACAUCGGGCACCCGGGCGUCAACAACGGCUUCCUGUCGGAGGUCGGGCACGAGCUUGCGCUGGAGUACAACGACAGGUCGCCUCUGGAGAACAUGCAUUGCGCCAAGCUCUACAAGAUCGUCGCCAAUCCGCAGGCGGACGUGUUUGGGAACCUGACGAAGGACCAGUACAAGGAGGUUCGAAAACACUGCAUCGAGACGAUCUUGCACACCGAUAUGACCAUGCACACCUCCAUGGUGAAGGACCUGCAGAUGCUCUACCAGAUGAACAUGGAGAUAUUCUCGGACGACUCGCCCGACGACGCCCAGGUGGAGCCAGUAGCCCUGGCCGAGAUUGAGAUAUUCACGGAGGCUGGAGCGAAGACGCUUGUGAUGGAGGCUUUCCUGCACUCGGCGGACGUCUCGAACCCUUGCCGCUCCUGGGAGGUCACGCAGAUGUGGGCGUGGCAGUGCCUAGAGGAGUUCUUCAUGCAGGGCGAUCAGGAGAAGGAGAAGGGCAUCCCGUUGCAGUUCCUUAACGACCGUGACAAGUUGAACAAGCCACACUCGCAAAUAGGUUUCAUCGAAUUCAUGAUCGCGCCUUUAUUCGCGGCCAAUUUGCGUCUGUGGCCCCGCCUGCACGAACUCGGCGACAAUUUGGGCAACAACAUGGCGAGCUGGAAGGACAUGUGGGUCGAGCAGACCUCGCCAGGUGAGGAAGAGAAGGCGAAAGUUGUUGCACGGGUGGACAAGGUCAGGAAGAGCCUGGAAGACUCCAUGAACCGCACUCCGCUGUGA